CUGCAAGCAGCAUUCAUGGGCUUUGUGUUUUUUGCUGGAACACCCCUCAAUGCUACUGUCCUGCUGGUCACUGCAAAAUACAAGAAACUGCGGCAGCCUCUGAACUACAUCUUGGUCAACAUCUCUGUCGCUGGUUUCAUCUUUGAUGUGUUCUCUGUCAUCCAAGUGUUUGUGACCAGCCUAAGAGGUUAUUACUUUCUUGGUCACACAAUGUGUGCUCUGGAAUCUUCAAUGGGAACAGUAGCAGGCUUGGUAACAGCAUUGUCGCUUGCUGUCCUGGCAAUUGAGAGAUAUAUCGUCGUCUGCAAACCCAUCGGGAAUUUUAAAUUUGGUUCGAGUCAUGCUCUUUGUGGAGUGGCCUUCACCUGGUUUAUGGGGGUUGGAUGUGCUACACCCCCAUUCUUCGGUUGGAGCAGGUUGAGUGGGAAUUUGUUUUUAUACAUGUGUUUUACUGGUGCACAAGCCAAUUAG